AUGAAAAUUUCAUUGUGGAUUUUUUCAGAACGAUCGUAUUCCAACAAUGAUAUAAAAAAAACCGCUUUAUACGAUUUUCAUAAAAAAAAUGAAGGUAAAAUGGUUCCAUUUGCUGGCUACCUUAUGCCAGUCAAAUAUGCUGAUAGUAUAACUACGUCUCAUCUACACACCCGCAAGUUGUGUUCUUUGUUUGAUGUCUCACAUAUGUUGCAGACAAAAAUUUACGGAAAACAUAAAAAAAAAUUUAUGGAGCGAAUAUGUGUUACGGAUGUGGAAAGUAUGGGAAAGGGCAAAAGCGCGUUAAGUUUGUUUGUAGACGACGAGACCGGUGGGAUAUUGGACGAUUUGAUAAUAACUAAUACCGAUGAGGACUAUUUGUAUAUGGUAACAAAUGCCAGUUGUAAGGAACAGGACAUGAAAAUAUUAACGGAACAACAAGAAAUUUUCAAAUCCAGCGGUCAUGACAUAACCCUCGAGUUUUUGGACAGUAAAGAUCAGUCGCUACUGGCUUUGCAGGGCCCCGGUUCCAUGAGUGUUCUACAAAAGCUCGUUUCUUCUAUCGACUUGUCGAAACUUUACUUUAUGGAUUCUUCAACGGCUACGGUCUGCGGAGUACCUGAUUGCCGGAUUAAUCGGUGUGGUUACACCGGUGAAGAUGGAUUCGAAAUAUCCGUGCCGUCUAGCCGGGUUGAAAUGAUUGCUGAGUCGUUCGUCGCUAAUGACAGUGUAAAAUUAGCAGGGCUAGGCGCUAGAGACACCCUAAGGCUUGAAGCUGGUAUGUGUUUGUACGGGUCGGAUAUAAGUCGGGAAACGACGCCGGUAGAGGCAGCGCUGGUGUGGACUAUAAGCCGUAAGAGAAGAGACGAAAAACGAUUUCCUGGCGCUUCAAUUAUUCUAAAGCAACUGACUGAAGGUGUGCAACGUAAAAGGGUUGGACUUAUUCAAAAAGAACAAGGUGCUCCAGUUAGAGGGGGAGCUGUUAUUUUUGGUGGUGAUGGCCAAAAAAUUGGAUCGGUAACCAGCGGAUGUCCUUCUCCUUCGUUACUCCAGAAUAUAGCCAUGGGUUAUGUGGAUAGCAAGUUUGCCAAAAAUGGAACGGAAGUGCAAGUGGCGGUUCGAGGAAAUAAAAUAUCAAUGGUUGUCACGAAAAUGCCAUUUGUAAAAUCAAAUUAUUAUUCUAAACCUAAUUAAAUAA